AUGUCAAUGAUUAGGAAUUUCGAAGGAUUCCAGCCUGUGUCUCUGAAGCAAGAGGGAGAUGUCCAACUCUCUGAGACUGAUCGCCUGUCCAUAGAGGAGGGAGACCCAGGCAAGGACUCAGCACCAAGGCAGAUUUCCAGGCAGCCAAGUGUGACUGAAUCAAUACUCUACCCCAAUCCUUAUCACAAGCCUUACGUUUCCCGCAAGUACUUCGUUACACGGCCUGGGGCCAUUGAGACUGCCAUAGAAGACCUGAAAGGCCACAUUGCAGAGACUUCUGGAGAAACCGUUCAAGGCUUCUGGCUCUUGACUGAGAUAGAUCACUGGAACAAUGAGAAGGAGAGGCUUGUGCUGGUCACAGACAAGACUCUCUUGAUUUGUAAAUAUGACUUUAUCAUGCUCAGCUGUGUGCAGCUGCAGAAGAUCCCCCUGAGCACUGUCUGUCGCAUCUGCCUGGGCAAGUUUGCCUUCCCUGGGAUGUCACUGGACAAGAGACAGGGAGAAGGUCUUAGGAUCUACUGGGGGAGUCCAGAGCAGCAGUCCCUGUUGUCCCACUGGAACCCAUGGUCCAAUGAAGUUCCUUAUGCUACAUUUGCAGAGCACCCUAUGAAAUACAGCAGUGAGAAGUUCCUCGAGAUUUGCGAGUUGUCUGGAUUCACAUCUAAGCUUGUUCCAGCCAUCCAGAAUGCCCACAAGAAUUCCACGGGAUCUGGAAGAGGAAAGGGACUGACGGUGUUAGCAGAACCUAUUUUGAUCGAGACUUACAUGGGUCUUAUGUCAUUCAUUGGAAAUCGCAACAAACUUGGCUAUUCCCUUGCCCGUGGAAGUAUUGGUUUUUGA